AUGUCUGCAGAUGCUUUCGGAGGGAGCAGCGAUGCCCAGCAAACCCUGCAGUCCUUCUGGCCCCGUGUCAUGGACGAGAUCAGGAACCUGACAAUGAAGGAUUUUCGUGUGCAGGAGUUGCCUCUAGCUCGAAUCAAAAAGAUUAUGAAGCUGGAUGAAGAUGUUAAGAUGAUUAGUGCUGAGGCCCCAGUACUAUUUGCAAAAGCCGCUCAGAUCUUCAUCACAGAGCUCACUCUCCGAGCUUGGAUCCACACUGAGGACAACAAGAGGCGCACACUGCAGAGGAAUGACAUUGCCAUGGCGAUAACAAAGUUUGACCAAUUUGACUUCCUUAUUGACAUUGUGCCCCGGGAUGAUCUGAAACCUGCCAAACGACAGGACGAUGUCCGUCAGUCGGUGGCCCCAGCCGAGCCGGUUCAGUACUACUUCACCUUGGCUCAACAGCCUGGAGGAGUGCAGGUGCAGAGUGCACAGCAGCAGCAGCCAGGGGCACAGGCAACCACCAUUCAGCCUGGCCAGAUUAUCAUCGCACAGCCACAGCAAGGACAGAUGCUGCAAGGUGCUACAAUGCAGCAACUACAGCAAAUGCAGGUGCAAUCACAAGGCACACCCAUCACGAGUGCUCCAGUUGCUAUGCAAGUGGGUGAGGGCCAACAAGUACAAAUUGUCCAGACUGCCCAAGGUCAGGCGCAGACUGCUCAGGCCCAGGGGCAGACGAUGCAGGUCAUGCAGCAGAUCAUCACCAACACAGGAGAGAUCCAGCAAAUUCCGGUGCAGCUAAAUGCAGGUCAACUACAAUACAUCCGUCUCGCUCAGCCCGUUUCUGGAGCUCAGGUGGUUCAAGGACAGCUUCAGACUCUCGCCAAUACCCAGCAGAUUACACAGUCAGAAGUACAAGGGCAGCAGCAAUUUAACCAGUUUACAGACGGACAGCAGCUCUAUCAGAUUCAGCAGGUGACGAUGCCCGCGGGACAGGAGCUGACCCAGCCUAUGUUUAUCCAGUCGACCAAUGCUGCGGGGGAAACCCAGGUCAGAUCAAUGCAACUGUGGUCAGAAGAAUUAAGCCGUCUGCUCCUGGACCUUGUGAUAGAGCCUCAGCUGCAGUGGGCUCUGGGACACAGUUACCCACCAGACGAGACUUAG